AUGCAAUUCGCUUCGAUCUUAUUGGUAUGUGCGUGCCUAAUAGCAAUCGUUGAGAACAAGCCAUUUAUUGGUGAACGUGAAGAGAGUGAUGAUUCAAGUGAUAUUAAUGAUGAUGAACAUGGUUUGAACAACCUUGUUCUUCAAGCAAGAUCAAAUCCGUAUUUCCUAAAUGGGGAUUAUGUCAAAGAUAGCUGGAAUGUUUAUUUUCAGGGUAGAAAAGUGGAUGGUGCAAGUGCUAAUUCAUUCCAAUCGCUCGGCGGUGGUUAUGGGAAAGAUAGUUGGAAUGUUUAUUCUCAGGGUAGGAAGGUGGAUGGUGCAAGUGCCAAUUCAUUUCAGUCACUUGGUGGUGGCUACGGCAAAGAUAGUUGGAAUGUUUAUUUCCAAGGUAUAAAAGUAAAUGGUGCAAGUGCCAAUUCAUUCCAAUCGCUUGGUGGCGGUUACGGCAAGGAUAGUUGGAAUGUAUAUUCCAUGGGUGUAAAAAUUCCUGGUGCGUCUCCGCAUUCGUUUCAAUACAGUGGUAUAGGAUGGAAGAAAUAA